AGGUUAAGAAAUGUACUCCUGUUGAGGCCCUUUUCACAUUAUGAUUCUUUUUGUAUACUAAAUCAGAACAUUUACACCUUAAAAACUCCGACUGUUAAUCAUUGGCCUGUGGAACCUCGUAAUAAACCUACAAUACCCUCUGAACCAGAAAUGGUACUGGAUAUGCCUGACCUGGCCACUGAGUUAUGUCAGAACCCAGUUGACUGGGGUAGCACCGGAUACAUAGCUACCAUUUACAAAGGCGCAGUUUACUUUUGGAAUCCAGAGAAAAAAACAGGAUUCACUUAUUUAGAUCAAAAAGUAAAACAUUGUAUCAAAUGGAAUCAAGCUGGUACUCAACUCGGCGUAUCACUUGCAUACGGAAGCAAGUUUGCUAUAUUAGAUUUUCGACAGCAAAAGAUUACAGCAGUGACUAACUUUUGCCUGUGUAAUAUUAGUUUAGAGCUAAAACGAUGCGAGAUGUGUUGUAUAGAAUGGACAAGUUCAAAAUUUCUUAUUACAGGAUGCAGUAGAGGAACCAUAUGUCUUUGGUCAUCUCAUGAUUUAAAAAUGAUAAAUGGCCGAAAGGGCCACCAUUCAAAAAUCAUAAAAAUGUCAUUAUCUUGCAAAGAAAAAUAUCUAGUUACAAUUGGAAGCGAUAACAUUGUAAUGGUAUGGAGUUAUCCAAGGUUGGAAGAACUCAAGGAAUUUAACCUCAAUAUAACACCGACAAGAGCUAUCGCUUGGCAUCCAUGGAAAGAGUCUUUACUUGCUAUCGGCGAUGUUAAGUGCUUUUAUAUACUUAACGUUCAGAGUGAUAAUGUUCUUCGCUCAUCUUCCAUCGAGGGAUGCUGGAUACAUAACCUUACUUUCAACCCCAGAUCUGGAGAACUUUUGCUAAGUAUAUUUGAUAAUAAUGAAGAAGCAAGUUACCUCCGAGUAAUGAGAAACUUAGAUACAGUUGUCGAUGAUAUAAGAUGCAAUGAAGAUAUAAUUAUCUCCUUACUUUGGGAUAGUACAGGGACUAAAUUGGGCACUGUAAGUACGGAUGAAUACUUUUGUAUAUGGAGUUUUUUUGGUAAAUCAACGAAACUUGAAAAAAAAUAUUUGAAUAAAGAAAGAAAAGGAUUGGGUCAUAUUCCAUCAGUAAAUAAUUUUUGUCAUACCAUCCGGUAAUAUAUUUAUUUGUUUUUAUUACUGUUAUAUCUAUCUACUUUUAUUAUUAUUUUUUUGUUAGAAUCUAUUGCUAAAAUUUGUAAAAAAAAGAACGAAGAAAGAAAUAUUUGAAAACUAAAAAGUUGAUUCUAAUUUUCUGUUUACAAUUUUUUGAUAAUAUGCGGUGAU